AUGCGCGAAGGGAUUCACGACUCCAGCAGUCUCUUCGAUCUUCAACAUCUUCAAAGCCUCAAAUUUGCUGAUAACAGAUAUUACGACUCUCAAAUUCCAUCUGCCAUCGGAAAGCCUGCAAAUUUGAGGUAUCUAAACCUAUCCCGUAAUGGCUUUUGGGGACAACUACCAAUUGGGAUUUCGCACUUGAUAAAGUUGACGGUUCUUGAUCUUUCUGAAAAUUACUUAGAACUUAAGAACCCCAAUUUAAGCAUGCUGGUUCAAAAUCUCACCGAGCUUAAAGAGUUAUAUUUUGAUUAUGUAAACCUAUCAGCAGAAAAGGGUGGUGACUGGUGCAAAGAGAUUUCAUCUUCACUUCCGCACCUGAGAGCGUUGAGCUUGUACAGCACUUCUCUUGCCAAGCUUACUUCUCUAUCCGUGAUUCGAUUGGAUUAUACUAACCUCCACUCCCCAGUUCCAGCCUUCUUUGCCAAUUUUUAA